GCCAUUCAUCAACCGGGCCACAUUUCGAUCCUCCCGUCCAUACUGGGCCACAUGGCUCCGGCCGCCGCCACCAUCGUCUACCUCGGCGACGACCUCCUGCGGGAGGUCUUCCUCCUCCUCCCCACCCCCGCCGACCUCCUCUGCGCCGCGCUCGCCUGCAAGCCCUUCCUCCGCGCCGUCCGCAGCGCCGCCUUCCUCCGCCUCUUCCGCCGCCGCCACCCCUUCACCUGUCCGCCACUCCUCGGCUGCUUCCUCCACCGCUCCAUGAGAGAGCGCAUCCGCGAGAACCAGGUACCUCUCCUUCUCCCGGCCUCCCCCGCUACCGCUGCCGUCACGCGCCUCGUCGUCGAGGGCAGUGACUUCGCGCUCUCCUUCCUCCCCACGCGCUGCCGGCCGUACGCCGACCUGUGGAAGGUCCUGGACUGCCGCAACGGCCACCUCCUGCUUCGCAAUCGGGUUUCCGGAGAGCUGGCCGUCGCCGACCCCUUGACCCGGCGCUGCGUUUCUCUACCCGCGCCCCCCGCCGAGCGCCCCGUAGGGUACGGCCUCGUCGCCGACGACGGCGACUCCUCGGUGUUCCAGGCGUUCUGCAUUUCGCAAGAAGGCGACGACUCCUCCCGCCUGCGCGCCCUCGUCCUCUCCUCCGGCGACCUCCGCUGGGCGGACGUCGCUGGCAUCGCGCUCGCGCACCAGUCCGAUCUCGCCGACGACGCCCGGGCGAUGCAAGCGAACCGAUCGCUCUACUGGGGUCUCAAGGGCUGGGAGCGCAUGGUGGAGCUCAACACGGCGACCAUGGAGCUCUCCGUGCUGGAGCUCCCACCUUUCACGCAGCAGUUCAGCUUCGACGUCAUUGAGAAGCAUGGAGAGGACGGCGCCGCUCGGCUCUACCUUCUCACCAUGCGGGGCUCCUGCGUCGAGGUUUGGGGCGGUUGGGAGGAUGGCAGCAGCGGCGGUCUGACAUGGACACUUGUGGAGAAGUCUGUGAGGUUCCAAAGGGCGAUGGCGGCGAUGAUUGGUUCAGAGCAUUUUUACCGGCAGGGGCUGGAUGUCAUUGGGGUCGUUGCCGGCGUCCUGUUCUUGCGCAAUGGGGAUCGUCUGCUCUCCAUUGAUCUGGAAACUAUGAAGCUUUCGAUGGUGUCGCAUAAAGAUCAAUGCCCGUUGGCGCUGAUUUUCCCUUACACGAUAGUGUGGCCGCCUUCGUUCUUGAACCCCAGUGAAGAAAGUGCCUGAUAAUUAAGAUGAAUUGUGAGGCUACACUUCAGUUCAUGAUGACGAGAUUUUUUGACAGAGCUAACGAAAAGAAGAAAUUCGAUUGUCUAUAUGAAUUCCUGGAGGAUGAUCGGAGCGCAACUAGUCCAGCUGUGCUUACAUGUUUGAGCCUCGUAUGACGCAGUUGUUCAGUCUUCAGUUCUUAGUUGGUGUUAUGCUCAGUCAAUCUGAAAGACCAGAAAGACAAGUGAUAUGAACUGGUUUUGUAUCCGCCCAAUUUCCUUUGUUAUCUUCAACUCUUUCUCGAUGUGUAUGGUCACUCUGUUAUUCAACUGCAUACUCUGCUAAAUGUAGCAUUUAGCACGCUUUCCUGAUUUCUUUACCCCUGUUCAUCUAUGUCUUAGCAUUAGUUACUUAACCUGCAGUUGGUGUGAUACAGUUCUGGUUGGCAUGAACAAUGGGUGCUGUUAUUGUGUCAAAGGUUGGUAAUAGUUUAUCAGUUGA